AUGUUUACACCCGAACGAAACUACACACAUACGGGAACCCGCGCCUCGCCUGUUAUAGCUGUGCGAUUUGGACUUACCUCUGAUGAGACUUGGUUGAUGCCAUCUCCCGACGCUAGUGAUGAUUCCAGGGUUUAUGAUGCUGCCAACGGCGGCAUUCUGUGUGACGACGUUGCCGACAAUGCCCGUGAGGGAGUUCAUCACGAUAAAGACCAGGUCGCCCCGGAAAAACUCGUUCAGCGGGAUGCUGCCGUCGUCUUUAGCUGCGAAUGUGGCUUGCAUGUCUUUUAUCGUCCUCGACACCGGCCAUCUCCUACUACCCCGCCCCUUGACCGCCGCGUACUUGAUCUGGGACGAUAUCAUGGAUGCAUCCAGUACCGCCGGGACGGUGUCGGGCUCAGUGCCGUUAACGAUGCGUGUCUCAUCAAGUCGUCCAUCAUGGUGCUCCUGCGCCAGUAUUUCGGGGAUCAUCCGGACUACGGUCAGCUGGUGGAGCUAUUUCACGAGGCUGCGUUACGAACGGAGCUGGGCCAACUCGCUGAUAUGACGACUAGCAAUAAAUGCAGUCUUGCUGAGAUGACAAUGGAGCGGUAUGAAUUCACAGCGGAGAAUAAGGCUGCAUUCUAUAGCUUCUAUCUCCCCGUCGCGCUGGCCCUGCGGUACCUCCAGUGCGCGACUGGGCAGAAUAUGGAAAUUGCGCGGGAAGUUCUGCUUGGCAUGGGAUGGUAUUUCCAAGUCCAGGACGAUUACCUUGAUCUCCGAGCAGAAGGCUAUGCUCAGCCUCUGCUACGGAAGGCCGGACAUUGGGAAAGAAGCCAGGGCGAAGGAUGUCUUUUGUCAGGUAGAUAUGAGGGCGCAUUCAUGGACUUUGAGAUGACUGAGUUGGACAAUCUUGAGAAGCGGAUCGACCAAAUUGGAGGAGAGCAUGGGCCUGUGAAGGAUAUUGUCAGGUCAGUCCUGGAGAAGAUUUCGCGGCGGAAUAAGUGA